AUGAAUGUGGAACAAGUCCGAUCUCGUUUUCCGGCUUUGAGCACUAGUUACAUAUAUGCCGAUAAUGCCGGUGGCUCACAGUGCACGGCUGGGGUCAUCCACGCAAUUACAGACUACCUUAGCAAUACAAAUGUGCAGCUAGGUGCUGAUUAUUCCAUUGGCGUGAAGAGCACAACAAGAGUCAGCAUGGGCCCGACCGCCACUGCAAUGCUUACGCAUGCUUCAUCUCCAUCCGAGAUCAUCUUCAGCAACUCAUCUACGCAGCUAGCCGAGAAUCUUGCUCGCGCGAUGGAACCCUCGAUCAAGAGAGAUGGCCAAGAGGAAUUCAUUGCUACAUUAGAGCAUGAAGCCAAUGUAGGCCCCUGGCAGCGUCUUGCCAAGCGGACCAACAACCAUAUUCAUUUCUGGAAGCCAACCGCCAUCGAAUGCUCGAGAGGAAAUGCAUCACGCUCAAAUCCUUUUGCUAUUGGAUACACUCUCGAAUCUCUUGAACCUCUUCUCUCUGCGAAGACACGGCUCGUAGCCCUCUCCGCGUGCAGUAACAUCCUUGGAUCGUUCUUCGACAUCAAAAGUAUCGUCCAACGUAUUCGGGAUGUUGUUCAUCAGAAAAGUGAUGGGAAGCAGAAAGUUGAGGUUGUCGUGGAUUGCGUUGCGUAUGCGCCACACAGACGAAUCAACACGGUGGACUGGGAUGUGGAUUACGCAUUCUUCUCAUAUUACAAGGCAUAA